GCUGUGUUUGAGGCUCCUGGUGCUCUCCAAAUCGAACUGCUGGAGCAUUGACUAUCAACAAAAACUGUCAAACAUUCCCAAAAUGGGUGAAGAAAGUCAACUACCGCCACGGAUAGACGUCCACUCCCAUUUCCUGCCUCCUGAGUACUGCGACGAGCUCCGGAAGAAUGGCCACUCGAAGCCCGACGGGAUGCCGGCCAUACCAACAUGGUCUCUCGCAGGCCACCUGGAGAUGAUGUCGAAAGCAAAUGUCACCAAAUCAAUCCUGAGCAUCAGCUCUCCCGGCACAAACAUCAACGCCAACGACAAUGCCCUCAACAUUCGCUUGACGCGCUUUUGCAACUCGUAUGCCGCUUCUCUCAAACGCGAUCAUCCAGACAAGAUUGGUUACUGGGCGGCCCUACCACUGCCAGACAUCGACGCCACGUUCGAGGAGAUCAAGAAGGCCAAAGAAGAGGGCGCAGAUGGGUUUGGGCUCCUGACCAAUUACCACGGGAACUACUUAGGCUCUGAUAUCUUCGAUCCAGUGUUCCAAGAACUGGACAGGCUGAAGGCGAGAGUCUUCAUCCAUCCUACGAUGCCCUGCGUCAUCUGUCAAACCUCAACCUCAGAGCCACCUACACUGGUCAACGCGACACCACUUGCUGCUAAACAUCCGAUCCCGAUAUACGAGUUCUUCUUUGAUACGGCACGCGCGGUGACAAACCUUUUCCUAAGCGGCACUGUGGCGCGCUGUCCUAACAUCCGCUUCAUCAUCCCACACUCUGGAGGCUGUCUGCCACCCGUCAUCUCGCGUUUCAUCGGCUUCUCUUCCAUCCGGCCGGCAGGACCAGUGAUGAUUGACCAAGAAGUCCGCGGAGCUAUAGCACGGCAGUUCUAUUUUGAUCUAGCCGGCUUCGUAUUUGCGGGAGAGAAAGGUGGAAGUGGACAGUUGAAGGCCUUACUCGAAGGGUACAACAUUGACCAUCGCAGUUUGUUGUAUGGAAGCGACUUUCCGUUCACUCAAACGCCGCUUGUCAAGAACUUCGCGGAUCGGAUGAAGGAUGGGCUGGAAGAUCUGUUCAAUGAAGAGGAACGAGAAGAAAUAUACGAAAAGAAUGCGACAGCGCUGCUUGCAGAAUGAGAAUAGCACUAACUUAUGAUUGCACGGAAGAGAAAUUUGACAUUGAAGCGUGAUAUUCUUUGAUAGUUGCUCGCAAUAGAACACUACCUCCUGUUGAAGCAAAGAUGCACAUGUUCUUGCCACGCACACCGAGAAUAAAGGAUCUUAUAAGUGUCCUCCAUCAGCCUCUAGAAUUCAGUAGCUUCGAAUCCGAACCCCACCUCCUUUCUCAACAAGUACUACAGAAAGGGAAACACUGGUCGCGAUGCCGGCGGUCGCAUUGGUGUC